CAAUUCAACCAAUAGCCGCUAAGGAGGCUCUGAACAAUAGAAAGGUAAAUGGAUACAACAACAAGAGCCUGCAUGAUUCAAAACGGACGACUCCUGGUGGCCCUGAUCGCAGAUAUCCUUAGUCAAGAAUUUCUAGAAAUAAUCAAGGAUUCUCCGGAACAAAGAAAAGAUUCUGCAAAUGCUACAUUGCUGGUAGUUUUGGUUGCAUCCUGGCAUCACAUUUUGCAUCAGUUUCAUGGUACUGGAUGGGGGAUCUCCUUUGGUCCUCGCUAUGCUCCCUCUACGGCUCAUCUCAAGUUUCCGGUGCCGACUGCCGAGAAACGUAGAAUCGGAUCUAUUAUGAUCUUGUUGCCGAGGUUUUGGGAUCUCCUCUUUCCCGGAAAAGGAAACUAUCAACUCACUCUCAUUUGGGAUCUCCUCCCUUUCCAAUUUGGGAACUCUUUGCCGGUGCAGUUUGUGUUUGCGAGUUCUCUUGGAAUUUUGCUGAUCAUGUGGUAUAGCCUUUUCCAUUGGUUUUUGAGAAGAAUUUCUGUAUGAAUUAAGGCGUUAUUAGCUUGCCUAAUCCCAGUUCGAUUUCUUAAGCUAAUGAGUAUUUGAGAUUAUACUUCUUUGCAUCUUUUCCCCUGAAUGUCUGUAUGAAUAGUUUGUUUUUCCCUAAAUUCCAUAAUUAAGUCUAGAGAUCAACCUUAAUGAAAAACUCUUCUUCAUGAUCCAGACCCAUAUCCAUAAUAAUUAGAAGAAAUAGAAUCCAUUGCAAUAUAUAUUUUGGUGUGCUUGUUAUAUGCAUUGUAAGAAGAUGAUGAAGAUCAGUAACACCAAUCCACGAAAUAUUAAAUCAUUAAUUACACGAUUAAUUCUUCCAGUGCAUCUCUUAAACUUAUGGCUACCUAUUUUGCAGCUCGCUUUUACUGGAUCAACAAAAACAGGAGACAUUUUCCUUAAGGCUGCAAAAAACAUUCUCAAACCAGUUAUUGUGGGGAUUGGAGGAAAAUCCACUUUUAUUAUAUGUGAGGAUGCUGAUGUAGACAAGGCAGCUAAGGUGAAUCAUGAGGCGCUAUUCUUUGGUCUGGUACAUACAUACAUUUACGGCUGCCUGGUAAGAAUUCAAUUUUUUAAUCCGUUUUGACGACAAUUUUUGCAAGGACAAUGGUCUUGUGCUGGUUCCUGUUCAUACUUACAUGAGAAAGUAUAUAAGGAGUUCUUAAAGAAAGCGAAGAAACAUGUAGACGAUCACAAAGCAGUGUUUUAAAACCCAAACCGGAGGUCAACUCAUUUUGACCUCUGGUUUCGGUUGGAGUGGUUAAACCAUACAGUUUGGUUGGAUGAUGUCAUAUAUAGAUUUUAUAUAAAUUAUAUGUGAUAAAUAUAAUAUUUUGCAAAAUAUGAAUAACAAAACCUAAUGGCUAAAUGAUAAGAGCACCCUUUAAUUGUGGAUGGAUUGAGAGUUCGAAACACUUUGGUACUAAUGUUACAUUCUUAUAUCAUUUAAAAUAUAAUAAAUGUGCAAACCAUAU